UUAUAGGUAAUGAUAACAUUUGUUUUAAACCAAAUAGGGUAGACAGCAAGAAUUGGACGAGGAAGAUAGGCAAUUUCUCCCAAUCAUAAACUGUGAACUGCUAAUACAGCUAGUAGAAGCAAGGCCAGCUCUAUGGGACCAAACAGACCCCAAGCACUCGGACCACAACACGACUCGUCGACAAUGGCAAGAGGUCUAUGCCAAUUUGGUUCCCACAUGGAACGAUUUGAGUCGUCAGGCUAAAAAAAAUUGUGGUACAUUAAUUUCAUUCCUUUUGUUAAAUCAUUUGGUUUUAGAAGAUUUGAUAGUGAUGUUUCUAGUUGGAAGAAUAGUGAAGUGAGCAUAAGUUUUCUGUUUGGAAAACUUUGUUUCAACAACUGAUACAGCCAAUUCAGGUACCGGGCAAAAUAACAGUUAAAUACAAUGCAGAAUUUUGGACUGCCUGGGGCAACAGUUUUUUAUGCAAUCCGAUGUCAACAGAAAAGAAUAUAUAUAGCAUUAUAUACGGUUAUUAAAAUUGUUCUUUAUUUUCUAGCUGAAAUCAUAUCAACACGCUGGAGGUCAAUACGCGAUAGGUUUAUGCGUGACCUCAAUCAUGAACGAACGGCGCCAAGUGGUUCGGGUACUUCUCGGAGGAAACCUUACCAAUAUGCACCACAUCUUCAAUUUCUUCAACGUUGUUUUCAGCAGCGCAUGACUCAUUCAAGCACACUCCCUCCUGAAGCAGAACCUGUUGAACAUGAGGACUCAACCGAACAAUUGUCUGGACGAUCUACCGAUCAAACUUCAUUACCAUCUCAGUCACAGGAUUCUGCUCUGGAGUCGCGCGGCCGGCAAACUGAGACAUGUGCUCAGAUUGAAGAUACUCGACAGUUCAUUUCUUCUGCAUUUGACAGAGUUUUAAGUAGGCCGAGGCCACUUCGAAGACCACAUAGAGUCUUUGAGGAUCUUGCACUGAUCUUCCGAGAUUGUUUAUUAAAAAUAGAGGAGGAGCAAACUCGGUAUAAGCAAGAGUUAACUUCCAUGAUCAAUCAUGUCGAGGUAGUUUGUCGUCCAGAACCCCUUAACCAUAAUCAGCAGUUUCUCUUAACGUUAAGUCAUUGGAUGGACAACAUGACUCCAGAGCAGAAUUGUGAUUGUCGAGUGACAUUGAUCAAAACUGUUUGGAAUAUUAAACACACACCAUCCUCUAAUUUUGUUCCUCUGGCUCAGUCGUAUCCACCAGCCACCUCCUACCCAACAUCCAUGACUUCUCCACCUGCUCACUCAUACUCUGAGCCACAUAUCGCUCCCCAGUCACAAAACUUUCAACAGUCACAAAACUUUCAACAGUCACAAAACUUUAGCCACUCCCAAAACUUUCCCCCAUCCAAAACUUUACCUACGUACCACAACUUCCCACAGGCCCAAAACGUAGGCACUGCACAAAACUUUCCAGCUUUACAGAACUUUCCAUCAACAUCCCACAUCUUUAUUCCAUCCCAAAGCCAUCCACCGUCCCAAAGACAACCUACGUCCCACCAAUACCCAACGGCUCACACAUUUCCACCUUCUCAAAGCCAUAGCACAUCCGUCAGAUAUCAACCUGCAUCAACCUUUCAAGAGACUUUAAGCCAAUCUCAAUCACAGCUACCUUCCUAUGUCUCUGCACAAACACCUUUCCAAUCCAACAACACUGGAAGUUCCCAAACACGUCUACAGACACCAAGUCCAGAUGUGAUUUCUAUGUCAACUCCAAAUAAAAUCUCCAUAAACGAAGGUGUUUCCACCUCUGUUUUUCCCACUCCAACCACUUUUACUACCCCUUUCUCAAACAAAUCUGUUCCAUACCAAUCUGAUACUGAUUCAUAUUCCCUUCAUACCCCACAACAUCAACAACAGGGUGAAUAUGUCAGACCACAACAUUCGUUCAUGCAAUCACUUCUAGACCAAAGUGCAGAAGAUGCUGGGUCCCCAACUGCAGCCCCAGGAAAGGCUCCAUUCACUCAACCACCACCCUAGUUAACAAAAUAUAUAUUAUGUUUUAAAGUUUAUAAAUGAGUACCUCACAAGGUUUAUAUUGACCACUGUGUCAAUUUGUUGAAGUUUAUAAAUAAGUACCUCACAAGGUUUAUAUUGACCACUGUGUCAAUUUUUGGAAGUUUAUAAAUAAGUACCUCACAAGGUUUAUAUUGACCGCUGUGUCAAUUUUUGCACUUUAAUGAUGUUGAACUUGAAAGAUUUUAUAUGUUUUAUACUUUUAUAUUAUUAGAUUAAUAAGGAUGUUUCAGAUAUGUGUGUAAUUAUUGUGCACUUAUCAGCUUUCAGAAGCCGAUACAAGCUGCUAAAUAUAGGCAGGUGGUUUGAUUUCCUCGUUCGGACGUUUAGAUUUUCAAGAACU